GUAAAGUGACGCAGACGGGGCGGUGGGCGUGCCAGUUGACGCGCUGCGCCGCGCUGCGCAAGCUUCUGCUGCUGCUGCUGCUUGUUGUUCCCGCAGAGAGAGAGAGGCUGAGAGAAGAUGGCGGCCGUGUCAAGCGGAGGUGCUGCUGCUGCUGCUGGGUCCGCUGCGGCCGGGAUUACGCACUCUUCUGCCGCACGACCGACCCACGCAGGAGGCAUGGGCCCGCAGAACCGAGCCCAGCCGCCGCCACAGUCUGCUGGGAUCAGUCGGACCAGCACGGCCACACACAACAUCACUUCUUCUUCUUCUCCUUCUCCUUCUUCUUCUUCGGCCACCAGGCCCCCUCCAGCCCGAGUGGGCCACUACGAGAUCGAGCGGACCAUCGGCAAGGGGAAUUUCGCGGUUGUUAAACUAGCCACGCACGUCAUUACCAAAGCAAAGGUGGCUAUAAAAAUAGUGGAUAAGACCCAGCUGGACGAAGAGAACCUGAAAAAGAUUUUCAGAGAGGUGCAAAUCAUGAAGUUGCUGAAGCACCCCCACAUCAUCCGCCUCUACCAGGUGAUGGAGACGGAGAGGAUAAUCUAUCUGGUAACAGAGUACGCUAGCGGCGGAGAGAUAUUCGACCACCUGGUGGCUCACGGGCGUAUGGCGGAAAAGGACGCCAGGAAGAAGUUCAAACAGAUUGUGGCAGCAGUCCAUUUCUGUCACUGCCGCAACAUCGUCCACAGAGACCUGAAGGCUGAGAAUCUGCUGCUGGACCACAAUCUCAACAUCAAAAUCGCAGAUUUUGGCUUCAGUAACCUGUUUUCUCGAGGACAGCUGUUGAAGACAUGGUGUGGCAGCCCUCCCUACGCCGCACCAGAACUCUUUGAGGGCAAGGAGUAUGAUGGACCUAAAGUAGAUAUAUGGAGCUUAGGUGUGGUGUUAUAUGUGUUGGUGUGCGGCGCCCUGCCUUUCGACGGCAGCACUCUACAAAAUUUGCGGGCACGUGUCCUCAGUGGCAAGUUCCGCAUCCCCUUCUUCAUGUCCACAGACUGUGAGUACUUGAUCAGACACAUGUUAAUACUGGAGCCCAGCAGACGGUUGAGCAUGGAGCAGAUCUGUAAGAACAAGUGGAUGAGACUAGGAGAUCCAGAUCCAGAAUUCGACAGGUUGAUAGCGGAGUGCGAGCAGGUGAAGACGGAGAGAGAGCUGGAGCUCAUCAACGAGCAGGUGCUGAUAGCCAUGUGUGAGAUGGGCCUGGAUCGAGAACGCACACUUCAGUCUCUACAAACAGAUGCAUACGAUCACUACAGUGCCAUCUACAGUUUGCUGGCUGACCGCCUCAAGAAACACAAGACCCUGCGUGUUGCCCCGCCCACACCGCGCUCCAUUAGCUAUCCCCUUAACGCUGUACAGCAGACGGAUCCGCAGGGUAAUCCCGUAAGCAUGACCGUUCCUCAUGUCCAGCUCAUCAACCCAGAGAACCAGAUUGUUGAGCCGGAUGGCAACAUGGCACUGGACAGUGACGAAGGGGAGGAACCAUCUCCCGAGGCCAUGGCUCGCUACCUUUCAAUGAGGCGGCACACUGUGGGAGUACCAGACCAAAGGACGGAGAUGCAGGAGGACCUCCAGAAACUGCCUCCAGGUUUCCCUCGUGGUGCAGUGCCCCAGCCCCCCUUCCCCACACUGGCCCCCAAUAUGGGCCAAAUGCACACUCUCAUGCCCACGCAGAUCUUGCAGCCCACACAGCAGCUGGAGUACAAGGAGCAGUCGUUGCUGCAGCCGCCUACCCUGCAGCUGCUCAACGGCAUGGGGCCUCUUGGCCGAAGAGCUUCCGACGGUGGGGCCAACAUUCAACUACACGCUCAACUCCUCAAGAGGCCCCGGGGGCCCUCGCCGCUUGUCGCCAGCCCGCACCCUAUCCCUGCGGUAGCUCCGGUGGAUGAGGAGGGUUCAGAUGGAGAGCCAGACCAAGAGGCAGUACAGAGGUACCUGGCGAACCGCUCCAAGCGGCACACGACGCACGCGCUCACGAGCACAUCGCAUGGCGAGCCCUCGGCAGAGUCACAGCGGUCCCAGGGCCCCCGCCAGAGGGGGGGCUGGGCCCUCGACACACACAAUCGAUCCAGCUAUAAGGACUGUAACACCCUUCAUCUCCCCAUGGAGCGCUUCUCACCCGUCAGACGGUUCUCAGACGGCGCCGCCACCAUCCAGGCCUUCAAGGCUCAUCUAGAGAACAGCAGCCUCAUUAAGCAACUCAAACAGGAGUGUGAGCAGCUCCAGAGAAUGUACGCUGCCCAGCAGGAUGAGCGAUUCCUGGAGCAAACCCAGCAACAGCAUAUCCUCUACCAGCAAGAGCAACACAUCGGCCACCAGCAAAUCCAGGGUCUGUCUUUAGGCCAUGGAGAGAGCCAGCCCAGUCACCUAACCCACCAGCUCCAGAGGUUGCGUAUCCAGCCCUCCAGCCCUCCGCCAACACAUCCCAGCAACCACCUCUUCAGACAGCCCGACCAGAGCCCUCCGCCCGGCUCUGCAGGCAUAAUGCAAGGGCAUGGAGGUCCGUCACAAGUGCAGUACCAGCACGGUGCUCCAGCGCUGUAUCAGGGCCAGAGUGGCAGCCCGCCUCCCACAGGCCUUCCUCGAGUCCCUCUACCAAACAACCAACAAGCAGCAUCUGCUCGCCCCACCGUCCCACUGGCACAGGGUGUACCUCAACAACAGCAGGUGACCAUUCAGGUUCAAGACCUGGAGCUGGGAGGUGUAGCACAGAGACAGGGCGGCUUUUUGUCCACGCCAGGGCACAGAGUCCUCGGGAAGCAGCUGAGCGCAGACAACGCCGAGACGCACAGUCGCAGCCUUGGCCGCUUCACAUCGGCCUAUGACCAGACUCAGUUCAAUCCCCACCUCUUCUCUGGCGACGCCGCCGCCCGGGGCGCCGCCUACAGCCACUACCUGCAGGGAACCUCCCUCAUAGUCCCCGGCCUGGAGGAUUACCAGAGCGGGGCUGUCGGGACCAGCAGCUACGGCACCCCCUCUACACUACAGCAGGCCCUGCUCUCCCCAACUCCUUUGGACUACCGCCCACAACAGCACGUCACUCCCACCCUGCAGGGCCUCCUGUCCCCUCGCCACUCUUUAACAGGCCACACCGACCCCAGGCUGCCGGUUCAAGACCUGGCUGCCUUGUUGAAGAGGCAGAGCCCCCGGCCGGGCCCAGCAACCCCAACACAACCCAGUGGUGCGCCCCAAGAGUAUGGAGAGAUGCUGCUUCUUCGCCAGCUGAGCCAGGGUGAGAACUUGGAGCCGCCGGCGCCGCAGGGUGCCGCCGGAGGCCAACACUACCACCACCUCCUCCAGAUUCGACCCCCGGAUGUCCAGCCGCAGCAGCAGCAGCAUCCGGCCCAGGCACCUUGCCCCAGCUUACCUCACUCGGAGAGCAUGGAGGAGGAUGAGGCGCCGACUGGCUACCACCACCCACACGAGGGCCUGCUGGCCAAGGCAGGAGAAGGUCAUGACUGCCUCGGGCCUCCCCGAGGAGGCACCCCGCCCUACAACUCCCCUACACACAGGCAUGGUGGCUUCAUAAGGAAUGCUCCAGCAACUAGAGAAUCUGAGCAUGCGGAAUGCAGGCCCCAAGGGCAGGCCAUGGAGGUGCCCGAUCAUAAUGGUGUGGGCUAUUCACGAGGUCCCCAGGGUGACGCCUAUAGGUCCCGUGGACAGCUACAGCGCCACCACACCAUCCAGACCUGUGACGAUGCCUAUGAUCAGGCAGAGCCCAUGUCGGGGAUGAGCCUGUUGGCCGGGAAGGCAUUAAGCUCCGCUCGCAUGUCGGACAUUCUCAGCCAGACGUCACUGACAGGAAGCCAGCAGCUGCACCAGCGGGAAGAGUCGGAGUGUGAUGUGGAAGGGGAGCACCAUGCGGCAGCCUGCUACCCCUCCUCCUGCACCAGUGACAUGCUCCUCAGCUACAAGCCCCCCGACCUGCAGUACAGCAUGGAGCAGGCUGGGGUCUAGCACAGUAUCCUGUGUACAGCGGUCCAUAUCAGCCAUCCUGAGUUGUGUUGACUUGAGUUGAGCAGCAUCACGCCAAACCACCGUUCUCUGCCCAAACGGGGGCGCUCUACGUCCAUCUGUCUGUCUCCAACUAUCCCUUUGGGAGGGCAGUCUGCGCAAAGAGAGGGGGAGUGUGGGUGGGUGUAGACAUUAGAGGGGUGGGGGUCACAGGCGGGGCCUCGGGAAUCAAAGGUCAAAGUGCCAGCAUUUUUCUGCACAGACAUCCAGCAUUCAUCGCCGCCGGUUGUCUCCUCUUUUCACCUCCCUCAUCGUGGGUAGAUUGGGGUUCCACUCCUCCCUCUUUCGACUCGACCCCCCUCACCUGCUGCCCUGACCUAAUUCCCCCCCGACCCCACCCCUCAACCCUUUCACCCUUCGUCUUCUGUUAACUGUUGGCAUACUUCAUUAUGUGCCUCAUUGGCCAACGCAUUGAUACAGUCAUAGUCGCAAGAGUCCAAUAACACAAAGAAACAUACACACUGCUGCCACAAACCCAAAGUAUUCACAUUAGGUGUGAGUGUGUGUGUGUGCAUGACUGAGAAGAAGAGGUGAGCGGAGGGGAAAGGUGUCUACGAGGUUCAGUCUGCUCCUCCAUCUCCUCCCCCACCCCUCUCCCUCCUGCUGUCCCCCUGCAGCAGAUCAUUCCGGAGCGGGCUGAAAUCUCAGCGGCGGCGGCCCCUUUUUUGGCCGGGCGGCGGGUGUUUUGGGUCAGGCUCCAACAAAACCGCUCUCUCCAAAGAUGGAGCUCAGUGACAUCGCACAGGACAAACCAGCUCUCUCAUUGUUUUUUUUCUUGUUCUAGCAUUCAUUUUCCUUUUCUUUUUUUUUUUUAUUUUACGGCUAAUGUCCAUGUAGACAUUAUGGUCAAUAUUGUUACUCUUAUUGUUGUUACUGUUUUCCGUAAAAGAGGUUUUAUUAUAAUGAAUAUUAUUAUUAUUAUUAAAGGAAAACAGUUCUGUGUUGCAAGGAAGACAACAUUGUUCUUUGAUUACUUAAGUAAUUCUGCACUUUCGGUUCAAGCUAUCCUCUCUCUGUCUGUUUCCUCCUCGCAGUUCCUCGCUCUCUGUCAUGCUGUUACCCGCUUUUCAAACCCGCCCUCCCUUCCUCCAACUUCCCCCCACCUCGGGUUAGCUCUUUGCUCCUUCCUCCUUUCCCAUGUCAGUGACAGUGUAUUGCAUUGUGGGUAGUUUUACCAGCUCCUUUCCUUGUACAGUGAUGCCAUGUAUAGAACGCUAUUGCAAUUUCUGUAUCAAAUCCUUUCUUUUUUUUGUCACCUUUUUUUUGUUUUUAGAUGUUGUUGGGGAGGCUUUUUUUUAUAUCGGUAUUGUUUAUCAUUUGUACUUUUGGAUGUCUUCUUUUUUUUUUGUUUUUUUGUUUUAUGAAUCUUGAGAUUUCUAGCCAAAAGAGGACAGAGAGAAGAGAGACAGUGCUCUUUCUGUGUCGUGAAAAAAAGAUUGUUCUUAUUUGUUUUAAUAUUAUUAUUAUAUCGAGACACUUGAAUAAGAGGAGAGUAAUUAUUUUGUGUUAUCAUUUCAAUCGAUGUUGUUGUGACUGUCAUUCUUGUUGAUGUUGGGCCUGUUUUCUGUUAAUGGGGUAGUUGUGGCAGGCUAUACAGGGUCAGGCUUUGGUCUUUGUCCGGGUUGGUUCGGGUGCUACAGAGACUUCACGCUCUAAAAAACAAAAAGACACAACAAAAUAAAAAAAAACAAGGGAAUAACUUGUAAUAUAGCUGACAUAUCAUCCUGAACAUCCCAAGUGUGGAGACGGACAAACCCACUUCUCUUUCUGCUGUGAUCCUCCCACCAUCUUUUAUCGGCUUCUGAUCGGACGACGCCUUACGGACGACGCCCCUUCCUCCCAGGCUAACCUUGUUACUGUGGCGACCAAGGAGGAAACUACUAUUACUCGACCCCUGUCUACCCUCUUUUUGGUUUCGGCCUCGCUUUGCCCCUCCCAAGCCUGGAUGGGAAGAUCGCAGGAGGCGUUUCAUGAACAGUUAAUGGAUCUAGUUGUGGUUGGAUACACCUGGACACACCUCCAAACCAUAAAAGGGAAACAUUUCAGGAGGUGACCGUAGGAAGGAGCGGCUUGAAUUGGACUUUCACAGCAGAGGAAUACAAGGUUGUGGCCAGAGCGGCGGGCAGGGUGUGCCCACCUUAAA